GUAUCUUUCACACUAGUGUCCUUGUCUUUGUCUUUUCAGAUUCUUGUUUUAUACAAAGCUUUUCUGUAGAAAUAAUUUUGUUGCAACUGUGGGAAUCCUGGAAUUCUGAUUACACCUGGGAUACCUCCUACAUUUGAACACGUCCCAAAACAUCAGAGCAAAUUAUGGAUAAUGAUGAAGAAACUUCAAAAGAAGAAGAAACUAAAGCUGCAUGGGAGAAUAUUGAGUGCAACCGGCAUAUGCUCAGUCGUUAUAUUAACCCAGCAAAGUUAACACCGUACUUAAGACAAUGUAAAGUAAUUGAUGAACAGGAUGAAGAGGAAGUACUCAGCUCUCUUCUGUUUCUCUCUAGAACAACCCGAUCAGGUCGCCUCCUUGAUAUACUUCAUACAAAAGGUCAAAGGGGUUAUAUAGUUUUCUUGGAAAGUUUAGAAUUUUACUACCCUGAACUCUAUAAGCUGGUUACAGGAAAUGAACCAACAAGAAGAUUUUCUACCAUUGUAGUUGAAGAAGGACACGAAGGACUUACCCAGUUUUUAAUGAAUGAGGUGAUCAAACUGCAGCAACAGUUAAAGACCAAAGAAAUACAAAAAUGUGAACUUGUGGCUAAAUCAAGACAACUGGAUGAUGAGAAAAAGCAACUGAAACUUGUCAGUUUGGAACUGUUAACAUUUCAGGAACGAUACAAUAAAAUGAAAGAAGAACGAAAUAACUGCAAUGAUGAAUUAAUUAAAGUAAAGGAUGACAAUUACAAUUUAGCUUUGAGGUAUGCCCAACUUAGUGAAGAGAAGAACAUGGCUGUCAUGAGAAGUCGAGAUUUGCAACUUGAGAUUGAUCGUCUCAAACAUCAUUUGAAUAAAGUAGAAGAAGAAUGCACGUUGGAAAGAAAUCAGUCUCUAAAACUGAAAAAUGAUAUUGAAAAUCGUCCAAAAAAAGAACAGAUGAUUGAACUUGAGCGGGAAAAUGAAAUGCUGAAAACCAAGGUGCAGGAGUUCCAGUCAAUCUUGCAGGGUGGGAGUCAAAGUGUGCCAGAUUCAGAUAAAGCAAUAGUGGAUAUACUUGAACAUGAUCGCAAGGAAGCGUUGGAAGAUCGUAGCGAGUUAGUAAAUAGAAUAUUUAAUCUUCAAGAAGAGAUACGACAAGUAGAAUAUUUGCGAGAUAAGUACUUGGAAGAAAAAGAAGACCUUGAAUUAAAAUGCUCUACCUUAUUAAAAGAUUGUGAAAUGUACAAGCAUCGUAUGAACACGGUCAUGAUACAGUUAGAAGAAGUUGAAAAGGAGAGAGAUCUGGCAUACAGAUUACGUGAUGAAGCACAGACACAGUAUUCACAAUGUCUAAUAGACAAGGAUAAGUAUAGAAAACAGAUACGAGAACUGGAAGAGAAAAAUGAUGAACUUAGAAUUGAAAUGGUGAGGAAGGAAGCCCGAAUUGUGAAUCUUGAAUGCAAACUAAGAAGAUUAUCUAAGGAUGGUAUUUUUCCAGAUCAGAGUUUACCAAGAAUUCUGCCUAAAACAGUAUUGCCUAAUUCAAAAAUCAGUGGUCAAGAAGCUGAAGAUAUUUCAGAUUCAGAUGAAUCACCAGAUGAUAAUGAUUUUUUCCUUCUGGAUUCAUCACAGAAAAAGAGAAGAAUGAACCUGAAAGGCAUUCCACAAGUGUGUUCAUAUUUCAGAGAUAUUCCUUGUAAUACAAUAGAGGACAAAGGAGCGGUCUCAAGAGUAAAAUCUCCUGGUACAGAAAGACUGACUGAUUUUCAAGAUUUCAGAGAAUACAAUGACGGCAGAAUGGAUUUAAAAUUUUUUAGUACAGACACCAUCUUCUGUUUGACGGAGCAGCUGAAUGGCACUAUUAGUGCCACUGACAGUGCCAAUACAAGUCACUAUAAAAAUAGUCGUCACAGCGUUAUAUCAACAACACCAGAACCUCCGGGAAGUGACUCCAUAUUAAGACGCAAUAAAGAAGAUGGUCUAACACCCAGUGUUGCUGAUGAAGACAGUGAAAGUUUUGAUCUAGAUGAUGAUAUUCAAGAAAGAUGUUCAUACGGUCCACCAUCAAUUCAUUCUUCUUCUUCUUCACAUCAGUCAGAAAGUUUGGACAGUUUUGACCUUGAGCAAAUUAGUUCGAUUUUCAGAAAACUUUCUCUGGAAAGACCAUUCCGCCCAUCCAUUACAUCAACAGGACAUGUCAGAAACAGUAAUACUACUCUACAAAAUGUUACAUUAAAUGGAGAUAAUCUUAUGUCUGAAAUUUCAAUUGUCGGAGGAAAUGAAAGAGGCAUUUUUAUCAGCAGAGUUAAACCCGGUUCUUGUGCAGAAAAAGCUUCCCUAAAAGAGGGUUUCCAGCUAUUGUUGUUAGAUGGAUACAUCAAAGGCAAAAAACAGUGUAUUCCAUUUGAUUCCUGUACUAAAGAAGAAGCUCACUGGACAAUACAAAGAUGUAAUGGACUGAUUACUAUACAUUACAGAUUAAACAAAGAAGGAUACAGAAAAUUAAUCACAGAUUUAGAAGAAGGAAAAAUUAUUUCUGGAGACUCAUUCUACAUACGUUUAAAUCUAAACAUCUCAAAUCAGUGGGACAGUUGCACACUGUCUGUUUACUGUGAUGAGGUUGUUCAUGUCCUUGACACUAUGUACCAAGGAAAGUGUGAAUGGCUAUGUGCAAAAGUUGAUCCAUUUACUGACCGGAAUUUGGAAGCAGGCACUAUUCCUAGCUAUAGCAGGGCUCAGCAAAUAUUUUUGGUCAAGCUUAAAAAAAAUUUGUACAGGGGCAACAGGGAUGAAGCAGAAAAUUCAAGUAGUACAUUGUCAGCUAUAAAGAACACUCAAAAGCCAGAUGACAUAGUUGCCCAAUUCGACACCAAGAGUACUUCAAGACUUUCAAGAGCAAGUUUUCUUUUUGGACAAGUUUUGCAGUUUGUUAACCGAUCUGAGAACAAAUACAAAAGGAUGAACAGCAAUGAAAGAGUGCGGAUGACCUCAUCUACUUCCACUUCCCUUGAAUCAAUGAAGCUUUUAUUAGAUAAGCAGGAAGACAUGGAUUCUGACAGUGACAUCAAAAAGAACAUCAGUCUUAUACCUUACAGCUUGGUGCAUCCUUUUCACACAGAGAAAAAACGUCCUGUUCUCUUUGCUCCUUCUGUGCUAGCAAAAGUUAUAGUGCAAAAAUUGCUGAAUUCUGGAGGUGCUUUGGAGUUUCUAACUUGCAAGCCAGAUGUAGUAACAAAAGAAGUACUUCAGAAGAAGAAGAGAUCAGAAGCUAUUAUUCAUUUCAGAGAAAGGAAUCAAAAUACAUUUGAAUGUAUUACACCAACUGUUAUUGAGUCAGUUGCUUCAAAGAAUAAACAUUGUUUACUGGAUGUUGAGCUGUGUUCCUCAAAGGACCUAAUCAAAACAAGGCUCUUCCCCAUCAUCAUUUUUAUUAAAAUUUCUGAGAAGAACAUCAAAAAGAUCAGGAGAAUGCUGCCAAGGCAGGAAAAUGAAGAAGAAAUUCUGCGUAGAAUUCGCCAAAAUGAGAAGGAAAUUGAAAGUCUGCCUUGUCUAUACACAACAAUAGAGGCAGAUACUUGGAGCAGCAAUGAUGAUCUAAUAAGAAUAAUAAAAGAGAAAAUCUCAGAGGAACAGAGAAAAACAAUAUGGAUAGAAGAAGCUUAUUUACAAAUAUAAUUUGGGAAAAAAAUUUUUUACUUGGUGGCUUAAAAAGAUCUUCCACCCAAAAACUAUGGGUCAGAUUUAUUAAACUUCAUAUUUUUGUAAGUUUUGUGUUUUUCACUAACACGAAUAAACUAACUUUUUAAAAAAA